CUUACAGCGCGUGCAUGUUUUUUAUGUUUAUACGAAUCACAAUUGCGAUUGUAACGUAACGUUAUUCGCGAUAUAAUUGUGCUACGCAGAGAUUGUUAAAUUACAGAGGAAAUCUUUAACUGUCGUUUACCGUUCAUGCACGAUUUUUUGAAACUCCUUCCGAUGAGGCUCACGAGUUAACGUUCGUCGAUGAAACUUUGAAGGUUAUGCCGGCGAUCUUUCACGAUCCUCGUUUGCAACCGAUAAUCGCGAUAAUACGAAUAAGCAAUGGACGAGGCCUUAACUACACCGCCUACAUUUCAAUUGCAUUUUUCCAAACAAAUAUAUUGUGUUGAAUUAUCUCCGUACGAAUGGUCUCAGCAAUUAAUUUGUAUCGCUCUCGCCGAAGAAAUCGUAAUCGGUACGAUUAAAUUUCAGGAUGAGGAUGAGACUGUAGAAGAUAUUGCUUACAGUCCUUUUAGAACAUUUUGUCAUAGUGUUCGACCUCAUGCUGUUGCUUGGAGUCCAGAAACCUCCCUGAGUGUUGUACCAAAAGUUCUUAUGUUUUGUGUUGCUGGGGCAGAUUUUAAAAUAAGGUUAUAUAGCAGUGACAUGACCAAUGAUACUGUACAUGAGAUGAAAGGGCAUAAAGAUUAUAUAAACUCAAUUUGUUAUGAAACCGAAGGCGAGAUAUUGGCUUCAGUGUCUGAUGAUCAUACAUGUAAGCUUUGGGCUGUAAAAGAGGAUGACGAAUGCAUUUCCACAUUUUAUUUAACAUCUCCUGGAAUGAGUAUACGUUUUCACCCUGAAAAGUCUGGAAAGCUUCUCAUAGGAGAAAAGAAUGGACUGAUUCACAUGUAUGAUGUACGAAGUCAACAAGCAAUAAUGUCCUUAGAUGCAGAUGUUGUUCCCUUAAUGUCAAUUGAUUGGGGACCAAAUCCAUUAAAAGUGGCUGGUAUAGCUGCUGGAAAAUUAAUCCUUUGGGAUAUAUCUAAACCUAGCCCACCUCUAGAAUUAAGACCCCUUCAUAUGGAAGGUGGAUUAACGGUAAAAUUUUCUCCAGCUUAUGAAUAUUUUGUAGCAAGCAUUGGCAGACCAGAUAAUUUAUUAAAAGUUACAAAUAUAAGAUCUGAACAAGAGGUAAUUUGUGGUCAAGUCAAAUUAAUAGGUGGAAUAUCAUGGCACUAUAAAUUACCAUAUAUUUGUGCUACAAGUGACAGAGAAAUUCGUUUUUGGAAGGUAACUUUGAAUUAAAAAUAACUAAUGCUUUGGAAUAAAUGGUAUUAUUAUUUCUUUACAAAUAAAAAUCGUAUUUUUCUA